CUUCAAGAUGUAUAACUACACGGAUGCUCAUUAACAUCGCCGUUUUGAGAACGAACAGUAGUACGAAAUCACACUGACAACCAAGAUGAGAGAAAUAGUUCACCUACAGGCCGGACAGUGCGGAAACCAGAUUGGAGCAAAGUUCUGGGAGGUGAUUUCUGAUGAACACGGAAUAGACCCCACAGGAUCUUAUAACGGAGAUUCUGACCUACAACUGGAGAGAAUUGAUGUUUACUUCACUGAAGCCUCGGGUGGCAAAUAUGUUCCCCGUGCUAUCUUGGUUGAUUUGGAGCCCGGAACCAUGGACUCUGUCAGAUCUGGUCCUUUUGGACAAAUCUUCAGACCAGACAACUUUGUGUUCGGACAGAGUGGUGCUGGAAACAACUGGGCUAAGGGACAUUACACAGAAGGUGCUGAACUUGUAGACUCUGUUCUUGAUGUUGUUCGUAAAGAAGCAGAAGGAUGUGAUUGUCUUCAGGGAUUCCAACUUACACAUUCUCUUGGUGGUGGUACUGGGUCCGGAAUGGGAACACUCCUCAUCUCCAAAAUCCGUGAAGAAUACCCCGACAGGAUCAUGAACACAUUCUCCGUAGUACCAUCGCCAAAAGUGUCUGACACAGUUGUGGAACCAUACAACGCAACUCUUUCGGUACAUCAAUUAGUAGAAAACACAGAUGAGACUUUCUGCAUCGACAACGAGGCUUUGUAUGACAUAUGCUUCCGUACCCUCAAGCUGACCACACCCACAUACGGUGACUUGAACCAUCUCGUCUCAGCCACCAUGUCCGGAGUCACCACCUGUCUCCGAUUCCCUGGUCAAUUGAACGCCGAUCUCCGUAAAUUGGCUGUCAACAUGGUGCCCUUCCCCCGUCUCCAUUUCUUCAUGACUGGUUUCGCUCCUCUCACAUCUCGUGGAAGCCAGCAGUACAGGGCUCUUACCGUCCCAGAGCUAACCCAACAGAUGUUCGACGCCAAGAACAUGAUGGCUGCUUGCGAUCCUCGUCACGGACGUUAUCUUACCGUUGCUGCAAUCUUCCGGGGACGUAUGUCCAUGAAGGAAGUCGAUGAACAAAUGUUAAAUAUACAAAACAAGAACAGCAGCUACUUCGUUGAAUGGAUUCCUAACAACGUCAAGACUGCCGUCUGUGAUAUCCCACCACGUGGUCUCAAAAUGUCUGGUACCUUCAUUGGUAACAGCACCGCCAUCCAGGAACUCUUCAAGCGUAUCUCUGAGCAGUUCACCGCUAUGUUCCGUCGUAAGGCUUUCUUGCAUUGGUACACUGGUGAGGGUAUGGACGAGAUGGAGUUCACAGAGGCCGAGUCCAACAUGAACGACUUGGUGUCUGAGUACCAACAGUACCAAGAUGCCACAGCCGAGGAGGAGGGAGAGUUUGACGAGGAAGAGGAAGAGGCUUAAAUGCGUUGAAACUUUGAGAACUUUUAACAAAAAUCUAGUCCGUCUGAUUUCUAAAGAAGGAUCAACUAGAGGACAGAUAUCAGAUGAAAGAAACACCAAGGCAUGAUAUUAACAACAACAAAAAACAUUUUUAAAUAAUACAACAUCAUGACUAUAAUGAAAUGGGAAUAUAUGUGCAAUUAUGAACAGCAAGAUAUCCAUGGUUUUACCGUAUUGCAAUAUUUUGUUAUUUUCAUUUUGUUAUUUUAACGAUGAACGAAAGAGUAACCUACUCAAUCAAUCAUUAAAAGAUCGAACGAUA